GAGGCGCAGAGCUGGUACCCUGCUGGCAUCUGAGCCCGGACUGUGCCGCGGCCCCGCGGAUCCCGGGUGGAGGCCAGCUCGCUUCCGGCCGAGGACGGGGCGGCCGCCGCGCCCGGGUUCUUAGGUUUCCUGCUGGCAGCGAGGCCCAGCGCCUCGGGCAGCUGCGGGUCCUCCAGGUAGUGCGCGAUCCCGCCGCGCGGGCCGCCCGGGCCCUGCCGCCCCGCGCUCAGCUGGGUCCCCCGCCGGCCGCGGCCUCCGCGGGGUGGGCACGGGCUGCGAGCGCGGCCUGCUCGGGUCCGGCUCCGCGGCCCCGCGCACCCCGCCUGGCGCCGCACCUGCGCCCCAGCCCGGCAGCCGCCCCCUCCAUGGCCCUGCCCUCCGAACCCGCCGAGAUGCCUCGCCAGUUCCCCAAGCUGAACAUGUCCGAUCUGGACGAACACGUCCGGCUGUUGGCGGAGAAGGUGUUUGCUAAGGUUCUCCGAGAAGAGGACAGCAAAGAUGUCAUGUCCCUGUUCACUGUCCCCGAGGACUGUCCCAUCGGGCAGAAGGAAGCCAAGGAGAGGGAGCUUCAGAAGGAGCUGGCAGAGCAGAAGUCUGUGGAGACAGCUAAAAGAAAGAAGAGUUUCAAGAUGAUCCGGUCGCAGUCUCUGUCCCUACAGAUGCCAACACAGCCAGACUGGAAGGGCCCUCCAACUGCCAGUCCGGCCAUGUCUCCUGCAACCCCUCUGGUCCCUGGAGCCACUUCCAAGCCUGGGCCAGCAGCUUAUGCCAUGCCUGAGUAUCAGCGGGUCACUAUCAGUGGAGAUUACUGUGCGGGGAUCACUGUGGAGGACUACGAACAGGCUGCCAAGAGCCUGGCCAAGGCCCUGAUGAUCCGGGAGAAGUAUGCGCGGCUUGCCUACCACCGCUUCCCAAGGACCACAGCCCAGUACCUGGCUCAGCAGGGGGAAAGCGUCCCUUUGGAGGAGGGCCUCCCAGACUUCCACCCUCCCCCACUGCCCCAGGAAGACCCUUACUGCCUGGAUGACGCGCCCCCCAACCUGGGCUACCUGGUCCGCAUGCAGGGAGGUGUUCUCUUUGUGUAUGACAAUCAGACGAUGCUGGAACGCCAGGAGCCCCACAGCCUGCCCUACCCCGACCUGGAGACCUACACCGUGGACAUGAGCCACAUUCUGGCACUCAUCACCGAUGGCCCCACGAAAACCUAUUGUCACCGGCGGCUGAACUUUCUGGAAUCCAAGUUUAGCCUCCAUGAGAUGUUAAAUGAAAUGUCAGAGUUCAAGGAAUUAAAGAGUAACCCCCACAGAGACUUCUAUAAUGUGAGAAAGGUGGACACGCACAUUCACGCCGCGGCCUGCAUGAACCAGAAGCACCUGCUGCGCUUCAUCAAGCACACGUACCAGACGGAGCCCGACAGGACGGUGGCCGAGAAGCUCGGCCGGAAGAUCACGCUGCGGCAGGUGUUCGACAGCCUGCACAUGGACCCCUACGACCUCACGGUGGACUCGCUGGACGUCCACGCGGGCCGGCAGACAUUCCACCGAUUUGACAAGUUUAACUCCAAGUACAACCCUGUGGGAGCCAGUGAGCUUCGGGACCUGUAUCUGAAAACGGAAAACUACCUGGGAGGAGAGUACUUUGCUCGAAUGGUCAAGGAGGUGGCCCGUGAGCUAGAGGACAGCAAGUACCAGUACUCAGAACCACGGCUCUCCAUCUACGGGCGAAGUCCUAAGGAAUGGUCUAGCCUGGCCCGAUGGUUCAUUCAGCACAAGGUCUACUCACCCAACAUGCGUUGGAUCAUUCAGGUGCCCCGGAUCUAUGACAUAUUUAGGUCAAAGAAACUACUGCCAAGCUUCGGGAAGAUGCUGGAGAACAUCUUCCUGCCCCUUUUCAAGGCCACCAUCGACCCCCAGGACGACCGUGAGCUUCACCUCUUCCUCAAAUACGUGACAGGCUUUGACAGUGUGGAUGAUGAGUCCAAGCACAGCGACCACAUGUUCUCAGACAAGAGUCCCAGCCCGGAGCUCUGGACCAGCGAGCAGAACCCGCCCUACAGUUACUACCUGUACUACAUGUAUGCCAACAUCAUGGUGCUGAACAACCUCCGCAGGGAACGAGGCCUGAGCACUUUCCUGUUCCGGCCCCACUGUGGGGAGGCCGGCUCCAUCACCCACCUCGUGUCUGCCUUCCUGACUGCAGACAACAUUUCCCACGGGCUGCUCCUCAAGAAGAGUCCUGUAUUGCAGUACCUCUACUACCUUGCUCAGAUCCCCAUUGCCAUGUCCCCUCUCAGCAACAACAGCCUGUUUCUGGAAUAUUCCAAGAACCCACUCCGGGAAUUCCUGCACAAGGGUCUCCACGUCUCCCUCUCCACGGAUGACCCCAUGCAGUUCCACUAUACCAAGGAGGCGCUCAUGGAGGAGUACGCCAUCGCGGCCCAAGUGUGGAAGCUGAGUACCUGCGACCUUUGUGAGAUCGCCAGGAACAGCGUGCUGCAGAGUGGCCUCUCCCAUCAGGAGAAGCAGAAGUUUUUGGGACAGAAUUAUUACAAAGAAGGACCGGAGGGCAACGAUAUCCGAAAGACAAAUGUCGCACAGAUCCGGAUGGCGUUCCGCUACGAGACCCUUUGCAACGAGCUCAGUUUUCUGUCUGACGCCAUGAAGUCGGAGGAGAUCACGGCCCUGACCAAAUAGGCCCAGCGCUCCACACACUUUCACCUUCUGGUUUAUUUUCACAUCUGCUGGGGCUGAAGGUGGCCGAGAGCUCAGACUAGGGCUUUCACCUGUGAUGAGGGCGCCUCUGAAGAAAUCUCAAGCUCCCAAUUUUGGUUGCCCUUUAUGACCACGCCCACUUUGUUAGCAUUGCUGAGCCAGAGGCCAGCCACCUCCCAUGGGGGUCUGGGAGCUGGCACUUGUGUACACUUGUUCCAGAUUGUCCACGUCUCUUGUGAUUGGCAGUGCUUACGUGGUCAGGCUUGGGACUUUGCAAGGCUUAAUGCAAGAGACACAAAGGCCUGCGAAGUGUCCACCACAUUCCUCUCACAGGCCCUGCAGGGUGGUUCUCUUAUGGCACCUGGCUGGCUGCCUGCCUGCCUUAAGCACCCCUCGAAGCUCCCUUUCAUAAAGGGGCUACCUUGAGAGAAAGUCCGAGGCUCCCGUUGAUUUGUGCAUUUUUGAAAUGAAUUUCAUGAUCUGGUUGGCACCCUCCUCCCUUGCUAGUUAGGAAGCCGCAAGCACCCACGCGGCCACCCCUGCUGCGGUGGUCUUUUCCUCCUCUAGGACUCAGUGAGUCAUCUCGGAUGUUCUCAUGGACCAGUCCAGAGCUGGGAAGAAUCAGGGGAGACUCUGGGCUGUUUCCUAGUUUCCUUUAAUGGGGGCCUCUGGAAAGCAAGACCCUGUGUUCUUGCUGGCUCUAAUAUCCUAUCAUUGUAGCUGUUACCACAUCCCCCAGGGUCAGACCAGGGACUCCUCAGGGCAGUGAGAUGUGCUUAAGGACACCCAGGACGAGAACCAGGUUCCUGGUCCAGUCUUUCCCCAUUCUUCCUUUAGGCUUCACAGAUUUUACAUUUUUAAAAAUCACUUUAACACAGUGCAUUUUAUAGUUUAAAGCAGAUUUCUUCAGACGCCAUCAUGGUCCCAGGAACCAGGUAUAAAGUUUUUAAGAUCUAUGUGGAGUUAAGCUUUAUCAGACUACUCAUCUUUGUUACUAGUGCCUAGAACAUAGUAGGUGCUCAAUAAAAACUUAUGAAAUAAUUGAAUGACUUUCUCUUUUGGCAUCUGUAUGUGCAGAAUACUCAAUAAUGUUCAAGGACCUUCCUAACUACUCACAAGGCAGGACGUCCUUCUGAAUCACAGUUAGAUGAACCUAAUUUUCCCUGGAAGAUGCUUAUUUCUAGAUUAUCUCGUCCUGUGACUGUCAUUC